GUCCGCGGUCAAUCACACAGACUAACUCACCCAGCGCGACAACAUCGCACCGCAGGGCCCGCGGUCGUUUGCAGAGACUCUGACGCACUUUUCGUUGCAAACUUCCUCCACUUCCAGACAAUGAAAGUUUUCAACAAACCGCGGCGCGUGUCUCCGCACCAAUGCGAGUUCAUUUUGAUGCGCAAAUCCACGCGGUCCCUGAGCGGCGCGCGCCCCAACCCCUCACCCCACCACGGACCCCGGGGAGACAAAGACGGACGGGGAGAAGCGGCGGCGGUGGUGGUGGACACAGCGCCACUGGCGUGGGAAAACAACCAACCAAACACGAACAAUGCUGCUGAGAUAGCACAGCUCGUCACAAAGACGACCUUCUCAGGGACAUUCUAGAGGCGGGUUGUGGGCGGCCAUGGCUGGCUGUGAUGAAGCGGAGCGUCUCUACGCGGCUGUCAUCCGGCCCAAGAAGAUCACGAGCCCGGCCUCCAUGGAGUACCACCCUAAGAGCUACGAGAUUUUGCUGUGUGAGAAGGAGAUUCAGAAUGAUGCGCAAGAGAAGAAAAGGAGGAAAGUUUUGCUCGGUACAACUUUCCCUGGUGACGGAGAGGCUGGGAGAACCAUACUGGAAUACGUCUUUGAAAUGACCAAACAAAUGUCACCCAUUAAUCAAGGUUUGAGAGGGAAACGGUCGGUUUUAAUCAAGAGGUUUGGUGCUGAUGAGAGCGGUGUUGACCACGAAGUGGAGCUCUACAUUGUCCCCACCACGAUCAAAGAUAACGCACGGCUGGCCUACAGCCCGAGCAGCCCUGGCUUCUACUGCCUGCAGGACAUCCUGAGGGUGUGCGGCGAGACCGGAGCCCAGUUCUCUCCUCUCACCAGCACGAUGCUGCUCGCCCUCGACAGGUGGCUUGGCGAGCAGCACACCGUGCCCCUGGCCAUCGUGGGGCUGUUCCGUCCGUCCGCCUCCGAGCGCAUCAAGAUGGCCGUGGUGAGCCCGGCCUACAGGGACACGGAGGGUGAUGUGGAGGGUGAGGUGGGGCGUGAGUGCACGCCACGCAAGGGUCCCGCCUGCUCAGCCCUGGAGGCUCGCGCUCGCAUGCUGGAGCUGGAGAAGCCUGAGAUCUGCAUCGUGAACCCGCUGUUCGGCUCGGACCUGCAGUACACGUCUCGGGUGGACAAGGUGGUUGUCAACCCCUACUUCGGGCUGGGUGUGCCGGACUACUCCCGUAUCUGCGUUACGCGUCCUUGCCUGUGGCGGUCCAGUGUGGGCAGCGACAUGGGUAGUGACGGCAAGGCUGCUGGUGCUGGUGCUGCUGCUGCUAUACAGGAGCCGCACUGGAUGGAGGAGUUUCCCCUUCACCGCAGCGCGUGCGAGGGCGACCGAGUGCGGUUGACAUCCCUGCUGGAGGCCGGGCAGCCCGUGCACCAGCUGGACCAUGACCAGUGGGCGCCCAUCCACUACGCCUGCUGGUAUGGCCAAGUGGAGGCAACGCAGGUGUUGCUGGAGCAGGGACGUUGUGACCCCAACCUCCCCACGGGACAGGGCAGCACGGCGCUACACUUCUCUGCAGGGGGGGGACACACAGCCAUAGUCAGUCUGCUGCUUAAUCACCGCGAGAUUGACCGAUUUGUGGAGGACCAGCAGGGACGUUCACCCGUGCAGGUGUGCGAGGAGAAUCGACAGGGCGACUGGGAGGGGGUGGUCCGGCUUUUGCGAGAUUCAGUCAACAAGACGUUUGAAAAGGUGCGCGUGUACCGCGUGGAUGGGUCGUACCGUGCUGUGGAGUUACCGCGUGGGAAUAACACCACAGUGCAGCAGGUGAUAGACGCACUGCGUCUUCCUGCACCAGCCCUGGAAUGCACCACCAUCUGGAUCUGCUCGCCAAACCUCACGCUGCAGCUGAAACCGUUCCACAAGCCCCUGCAGCACGUGCGGGACUGGGCCGAGAUAGUGGCAGAGCUCACAUCAGUGCCUCCCCAAGAGGAGGACCCCCCACGGCUCAUGCUGCGGCGUGACGUGCGGCUCAGCCUGGAGGCCGAGGCUCAGGUGAGCGAGCCAGCAGCGUUGGGCGUACUCUUUGAGGAGGCACGCGUGCAGCUGCUGGAGGGCAUGUACCCGUGCACGGGCGUGGAGGCAACACGACUUGCUGCGCUUCUGCUUCUCAUUCACUAUGGACUCUACGAUGCCAAGAAGCACAAGCAGGGAUUCCUCACUGAGGAAAACCUGAACCUGUUUGUUUCAAGCAACAAACUGAAGAACAAGGCACACAACUGGAUCCAUCGCAUAUUGCAUGAGUACAAGCACCUGAGCCGUGCGAGCAGCGGGGAGGAGAGCCCCGCCGAGUUGCAGCGCCGCUUCCUGCAGGCGUGCUGGGCCUUUCCCACCUACGGCUCGGCCUUCUUCCAGGGCCACAUUUACACCAAAGCAGGCACCGCCGGGCACAAGGCCCUGCCCGUGAUCGUGGGCGUGAGCUGCCGCGGAGUACAGCUCCUCAACGCCGACACCAAGGCGCUACUUCUGAGUGUUUGCUAUGCCAAGAUGACGUGGGACCGAGCCGUGGGAGAGGCCUGCCUGCACAUCCACAAACUGGAUGACCGUAUCAACUACGCAGUCUACACUAAGCAGGUUAGCCUCAUCAUCAAACUAAUGGCCAAGCUGAGCAGCCAGCAAGAGCCCAAGACACCGACACCUUCAGAAGGUGGCAGUGAGCGGCUGUGACCGAGACUGGGAGGACUGCUUGCCAACGGUGCACACAACAAGCUUAGUACGAGCUCACGAGUUUGAACCCAGAGUGUUUGUUUAUAAUAGGUGUCCUACUGGAACACAUAGUGUACAUAUAUACAUACAUUUUGUACCUUUUUUCACUUGUCCUUUAUGCAGAAAUUAUUUCAUUUCUGAAUGUGUCAGUAGAGUAUUGAGAAGUGAUCUUGGAUGUUCAUCAGGAUCUCGGUGCUUUUGCACCACAUAAAGCUCCGUCAAUAUCACCACGUUGUUCUAGUCCAUAUUAUUUAAGUGGUGGUGACAUGGCCCAGCAGUUGCGCGUUUCGCUGUUCAAAUCUGGUAGGCCACCCUGAUUAAUACGUCGGAUCUACAAUCCGCAAAAAUAGGUGUGGUCUGCUUCACAGUCGAUGUUAAAGAUUCCGUGAUGUAAUUCCAAGAGGUCAUUGUUUGCUGGUGUCAUAGUCGAAAUUUUCUAACUUUGAAAAAUAAUGAGAAUAUUAGUUUAUUGGGAAACAGCAAUCGUUAUCCCUUUCUGCAGAAAUGUACCAGGACCCUCCUGUAAGAGUCUUGAGACUCACUAAUACUAUUCUCUGUAAACAAGUGUAAUAAGUUAUAAUAAACGGGAAAUUUGUGAAUGUA